AUGAGAAGGGGACUCCAGCCGUCGGCCCCGGCAGCGCCGCCGCCCGCACCGUCCACGGACUCCAGAGCAGCCCCCGCCGGCUUUCCGGCCCGUUUUGCCGCCGGCACCUUCAUCCAGAUCCGCAGCACCGGCGCGGCGGCGGGGGCGCCCUGUGUUGUCUCCUCCUCCGCCGCCGUCGCCGCUUCCCAGGCUCCCGGUGCCUUUGCCCCGGCGGCGGAUGGGGGCCAGCCCGCUGGCAGUUCGCUAUACUGCACCCCUCACGGACCCGCCGGCAGGACGGCGCUGCUGCAGCCCGCUCUCGGCGGAGGCGGAGGCCGCCCCCCGGCAAAACGGAGGCUGGAGCUAGGAGAAAGUGGCCACCAAUAUCUUGCUGAAGGACUAAAGACUCCAAAGGGGAAAGGAAGAGCUGCAACAAGAAGUCCAGAUAGUCCAAAAACUCCAAAAUCUCCUUCAGAAAAGACUCGGUAUGAUACGUCACUUGGCCUUCUUACGAAGAAGUUCAUUCAGCUACUGAGCCAGUCUCCUGAUGGGGUUUUAGAUUUGAACAGAGCAGCAGAGGUCCUCAAGGUGCAAAAAAGGAGGAUUUAUGAUAUCACCAAUGUACUGGAAGGCAUCCAUCUCAUUAAGAAAAAAUCCAAAAACAACAUUCAGUGGAUGGGCUGCAGUCUGUCAGAGGAUGGUGGCAUGCUGGCACAGCGUCAAGGCCUCACAAAGGAGGUGACCGAACUGAUUCAGGAAGAGAAGAAACUGGAUGAGCUAAUCCAAAGCUGCACCCUGGACCUCAAGCUGCUAACAGAAGACUCAGAGAAUCAAAGAUUAGCUUAUGUGACGUACCAAGAUAUUCGAAAAAUUAGUGGCCUUAAAGACCAAACUGUUAUAGUUGUGAAAGCUCCUCCAGAAACAAGACUUGAAGUGCCUGACCCAGUGGAGCAGAGUGCAUUGAUACAUUUAUCUAGUACUCAAGGACCUAUUGAAGUUUAUCUGUGCCCAGAGGAAAACGAUGCCCUCAGUCCAAUGAAAACCUGUAGUCAAGACCACAAUGGAAAUAUUUCCAAAGCUAUUUCCAAAGAAGUGGCUUCUGCAAACUCAGGACAAGGUGACUGCUCAGUAAAUAUGGCAACAAUAUCUCCAUUGGCUUCUCCGGCCAACCUGCUACAGCAGACUGAGGACCAAAUUCCCUCAAACUUUGAAGGACCAUUUGUGAAUUUGCUGCCUCCUCUGCUUCAGGAAGAUUAUUUGCUCAGCCUUGGGGAUGAAGAAGGCAUCAGUGACCUCUUUGAUGCUUAUGAUUUAGAGAAGCUUCCUUCAUUGGUGGAUGAGUUUAUAUACAGCUGA